AUGUGUGUAGCACAUCAAGCGAAACUGAGAUCGCUACGUAAUUUCAACCAGGCAUUUAUCAAUGGAGUUACGGGGUCGGCCCUGAAAAAGGACAAUGUUGUGAAACAUUCUCGCAGUGAAAUGCAUAAGAAAGCAAUUGCUCUUUCUUCAAGGCCUAAACUGACGCUCGAUGCAAUCUUCAAGACAACGCCUAUAGGGAAAGCGUUAGCUGGAGCAUCAAGUGAGGAAGAGAAACGAGUAAGUAAACUCUUUGACAUUGCAUAUGCUAUCGCAAAAGAAGAACUGCCUUUUACCAAGUACCCUGUUUUCGUCGAGUUAGAGAAGAAACAUGGAGUUCCAUUAGGCAACACAUACACACAUGAAGCAAAGUGCAGUGAGUUUAUUGGUGUCAUCGGUGAUACAAUGAAGAGUGAAAUGCUCACUGCUUUGAAGGAAGCCCAGUAUUUUUCCAUCAUGGUUGAUGGUUCUACAGAUGCCAGUGUUAAGGAGCAAGAACUUGUGUAUGUUCAUUUUGUGAAUGAUAAAACUGGUGAGGUCCAGUCAAACUUCUUUUGUAUUACUGAUGUUAAGCAUGCUACAGCACAAGGCUUGAAAGAUGGGCUGGAUGAAAUAUUCGCUGAUGCAGAUAUGUCACUGAAAGGAAAGUUAGUCUGCGUUUGUGCUGAUGGUGCUGCAGUGAACAUGGGAGUAAAUAAAGGUCUGAUUGCUCUUCUACGGAAAGAUCAUGAAAUGCCCUGGUUAAUUGGAAUGCACUGUCUGAAUCACAGAUUGGAACUGGCAGCAAAAAAUGCCUUUGAGAAAACGUACAUGGAUGAGAUCAGUGAAAUGCUUCUGUCCAUGUAUUAUGUAUACCAGAAGAGCCCAAAACGCCUGCGAGAGUUAAGGACUCUGGGAGAAGUCAUGGAGGAAGUUGUAACUAAGCCAGAGAAGGCUCAUGGGACAAGAUGGCUACAGCACAAGUCCAGGGCACUUGCCACCCUUCUGCGGUCAUAUCCAGUCAUCAUUGCACAUCUUGAAUCUAUGGCCAGUGAAUCGUCAGCAGCAGAUGGCGCUAGAUUUCGUGGAUACCUGCAGGUCUUGACUAGCUUCAAGUUUGUGAUGCACUGUCUGCUAUUCUAUGUUAUGUUGCAGCCUUUGGCAGCCCUUUCCUGCAAUCUCCAGGGAGAGUCAGUGGACCUUAUGUUUGCCAUGGCAAGUCUCGAGUCAUUCCACACUUCCAUGCAAAGCCUUGAAUCAGAGCACGAGGACAUAGAGGAUGCCUCAGAACUGUCAAAGUUCCUCCAUGACAUCACCUUUCAAGAUGGCAAGGCCGAAGUGGAAUACAAGAAUGUCAGGCUGAUCAACGUGAGAAGCGAUGUUUUCACUGCUUUUCAGAACUCUAGAAAGAUAUAUGUUAAGAAGAUCAGAGAGUGUGUCGAUGCAAGAUUCUCUGACUUUAAUUCACAGCUUUUCCAAGCAUUCAAGGUGUUGGACACUAAUGCCUGGCCAAGGGACAAGCCUUCUCUUGACCAGUUUGGUCACAAGGAGCUUAACACAGUGUUUGAGCAUUUCAAGGGGUUGCUCCAGGAAGUCCAGCCAGAGUCCAUCCAGAUGGAAUGGAACUCCUUCAAGUCAUACUGGAAUUCAAGUCUGAUGGACUUGCAAAGCUCUGAUGUUUGGAGAGCAUUUGUCAAGGUUUCAACAAGCAAGUACCCCAACCUUGGUCUUCUCAUCAGGGUCUUACUCACCUUUCCCAUCAGUAAUGCCAAGGUGGAGAGGGGAUUUAGUACAAUGCGCCGAAUUAAGACAGACUGGAGAUGUAGACUAAAUGCUCGCACUCUAGAUCAUCUCAUGAGGAUCAGCAUCGAGGGACCAUCUUCCACUGAUUUUAAUCCACAAUGUGCUGUUAAGAAUUUCUUCUGUACACCUCGCAAACCAAAUGUGCAACCCUACCUAUACCAAGGUAGCAACAAGCGGCCAUAUCCACUUGAUGACUAA